AUGUCGUCCCGUCCUCCCCCGCUCACGCAAACCAUCACCCUCGACUCCAUCCCCUACCACACCCUCCUCUCCAACUACACUCCCACCCGACCCCUCAUCCUCCUCAUCCACGCCCUCAUGUCCAACCACGAAAUGUACGAUCCCCUCCUCCCCAUUCUCCACGCCGCCGGCUACGCGACUCUCUCCUUUGACCACGUGGGCCAUAACCUCACCCCUUGCCCCACCGAAUGCGGGAGAUUACAAACUACACCUGGACGAUGUGUAGCAAGCCUCGCCCCUUUCGAACACGACAGUCAAGCAAUCAUCGUUGUCUUCUGA